CGGAAGCGGUGGGGCGCACCAGUAGCGCUCUAGCGAGAGGACCUACCGUGGCUGCCGCGGGAAUUGUCCUGAGACCGGCCAGGAGCUGGCGGCCCGUAAGCUCGAAGGCUUCCUGGAGCUGCGGCACGGCCCAGAAGAGCAAACAUGAAUGUUGGAGUUGCCCACAGUGAGGUAAACCCCAAUACUCGUGUAAUGAACAGCCGUGGUAUGUGGCUGACAUACGCUUUGGGAGUUGGCCUGCUUCAUAUUGUAUUGCUCAGCAUCCCCUUCUGCAGUGUUCCUGUUGCCUGGACCUUAACAAACAUAAUACAUAACCUGGGGAUGUAUGUGUUUUUGCAUGCAGUAAAAGGAACGCCUUUUGAGACUCCGGAUCAGGGUAGAGCAAGGCUGCUAACUCACUGGGAACAGCUGGACUAUGGAGUACAGUUCACAUCUUCUCGGAAGUUUUUCACAAUUUCUCCAAUAAUCCUAUAUUUUCUGGCAAGUUUCUAUACAAAGUAUGACCCGACUCACUUCAUCCUAAACACAGCUUCUCUGCUGAGUGUACUUAUUCCCAAAAUGCCACAGCUUCAUGGUGUUCGCAUCUUUGGAAUUAAUAAGUAUUGAAAUGUUUGUGCAACUGAAGAGAACUGUUAAGAGCUACUGGGUUUCCUGUAAUGAAAGAGUGGUUAAUGAACGGCACUGUUUCUGUGAUAAUGUGAAAUAAGAGGUAUUUACAUUGGAGGGCCAAGUACUUCUCCUUCAUAGCUGUCUUGAAGUGCUCUACUUAAGGAUGCCUCUGUCUAAUUUGCUUGGUAUAUUUCUGAGAGAGGCUUUGCAGGCAGGCUGGGCAGGCCCAGCUUAUAACUUGAUGAUAGUAGGAUAAGAGUACAGUAACUAAAUCCAAGGAAAUGUGGGAUUUGUAAGAAACUAGGUCCAGCUUAUAGUGAGCGAGCAUUAUGUUAGGGAAAGAACAUUCCAAUCAUUCGUUCAUAGUCAGUUGAAGCAGACUUCUAGAAAGCAGAAUCUCCUGUGUACAUGUUCUUAUUACUGUGCACAGUCUGCUUUGUAUGACAUACACCUAAUAUAUGUCCUCGGGUUUCUGGCUUAGUAUUGUGCAUUGAUAAAUGAGGUAAUGUUUGCAUUUAUUACAUUACAGGGUUUGUGAGGGUUUUGUCUUCAUUUCUUGCUCUAAGAGAAGAAGAUAGGCAUCAUACAGUCAAGGCUCUGAGUCAACGUGCUCAUUUUGGAACAAAGUAGGUUUUACUGCUUUUCCAGAAGCAAAGCUGCCAAACCAAUUAAGAGAAUAACUUACUUCAAGCACUUCAGGUCUUGAGUAGCUGAAAAUUAUUGUUUAGUUGGUUAAGUCUAUCUUUCUUCAAAAAAGGAAAUGCAAGAUGGGGCGAGCUAGUGUGAGGAGACCUAAGUUAUGAAUUCUCUGUCUUAGUCUCUUACUCUCCAUCCCCACAGUUUGGUUUGCCCAUUAAUAGUUCCUGUAAAUGUAUGAGUCUCAGUGUAGAUGACCCAAAAUGGUCCCUAUAUUCACAGCAACAACUAUAUUGAAUUCUUGUGACUUGGGGAAGCUUCCUAUAGUUGCUAGCACUCAUUGUAUAAAGAGAAGUAAAUGCCUUUCUAAAGUGAUAUAAAGCUGAAAAACUCAGGAACUUAAGAGUGAGGACAGUUGUCGACCAACUUAUAAAUCGAUUGUGGCAAUACACAGAGUUAAGGGUAGUGAUCAUUGUUUCAUAUCUCAAAAGUACUGAAUUUAGAAAUCACUUGUUUGAUACCGCCUUUGUAUGUUUGCCUUUUCUUGUGUAUCUUUAAAUAACUGGGAAUUGAUGCUUUAAUAAAAAGUUUUCUUUGGUGUAA